AAUCAUUAUGGCAUGGGCUUGACAAACCAACACGUUAUCAAACUGAAAGGAUUUUAUAUGACUUUAUAAGAAGUUUAAACGCUAACAUUUCUCACCCAGGACGGGACUUUGGGAGGGAUUAAGGAUGGAGUCAUGAGUCUGCCUCAGUGCUACAUGCAUGACUGUGUUUAGGAUACCUUCUCCUGGACUGAUGAUCUUUAUUUCAACGCUGAUAUUGUCCCAGCUUGUGCACAGUUAACAGUAUCUGCCGAGGAGAAUGACAUCUCUGCUGAACACACUGUCUCUGUGUCUCUGUGUCCUCCGGAUCUGUGUGAUACAGGGAGACUUUGUGGAUCCUCCUACAGAAGAACCCAUCCUCUCUUUGUCAGAGAGGGAGACCGUCCUUCCCUGCCGCUACCAACUGUUGCCCGGCGACACCGUGGUGCAGGUCACAUGGUACAAGGAGAAGCCAGAUGCCACCAAGGACCAGAUCGUCACUGCACACCACACUAAUGGACAGACAGCGUUUGGAGCGUGGUCUCAACGCGUGCGCUUUCAAAGCAGUGAACCCACCGUGGACUCGUCUCUGGUCAUCAUGAGCACCGAGGUCUCAGAUGAGGGGAAAUACCUGUGCCGCAUCAUCACCUAUCCCUCUGGAAACUUUGACACAGAGAUGUCACUCACCGUGUGGACCAUUCCCAUCUCCUCCCUGGACCCUGUGAUCCUGGUGGAGGGCCAGUCCUACCGGCAGGCUGCUUAA